AACCUUCAAAAACCAGAAGGCAAGGGAAGGAAAGUUCAGCAUGCUGUUUUGAAGAGUUUAAGAUAAUGUAAGCAUAUAAGAGGUAAGCCUUUUAAGUUAGCAGUAAGGAGAACAUACAGAAGUCUGUUUGCUUUUUUUAAUUUUAUUUUCAAAUACCAGAGUAAAACUGACUGUAGGUCAAAUGAGGAUAGAUGAGAUGCAUGCUGGCCACUCUGAAUCCCUCAUUUCCAUGGUGUCUGUAAGCCACAGAAAGUUGCAGAGCAAAAGCCUUGUUGCCCAGGCAGUUUAGCUCUGGUGCUAAGUCUGAAGUUCAGAAAGCUGUGACUGUAAGCUGUGAUUCAGCAGAACCCUCCAACUGUGGGCACAUUGAAAUGAAGGAAUGGAAUUCAUUACAAAACAAAGGCAUUAUUACAUGUGAACGUUUAGGGAUUAAAACAGUGCUUUUUAUGUUUACAGGAGGUGCUACAUUAUUUUCAGAAAGAGCUAUUAAAAUAUAUGAAGUAUAUGCUUUAACAUGAAGACUCCUGUUAGUAUAAUAACAACCUGCCAGAAAAAUGGGAGAGCUCUCCCUGCUGUGCUUUUUCUGAGGGGGGGAAAAUAAAGCUGUAAUUUGAGCUCUCCAAAAUGUAUUAAAACAAUUACUUAACUUUUGAUUUUGUUGUUGUUGGAAUUAUUAAUUUAUAUUCUAUUACAGCUUCCAAAACCACGUUGUAUUUGAUUUUAACGGUAGUUGGCUCUAAUAUUAAUCUUGUUUAGCAACCAGUUUUCAUUUAUUUCAUAUUUCAUACUUGUGGCUACUUCAUGUAAAUUAGCCAUCAUUUAUUUCAGUAAUGGGCUGUGUAAAUACUUAGAUGGGCCUUAUAUCCUCUUUUCCCUUUUUUUCAUAUUUUACUUAUUUCCAGUAAAUAAGCUGGAGUGAGGAGUGAGGAGUUAAUUACAAUUACACUGAGGAGUGUCAUUGUAAUGUAGAAAGGAAAACCAAAAUAGUUUUCUGUAAGUUAGUAGAAACUCCAACAUACUGAAUGUGUUGCUAACAACAAAUCUCCUUUCACACUGACAAAGAAACAGGGUGCAGCCCAAAGAACUGUGUCCUAGUUGCAUGAAGGUAAGCCCUAACCCAGCAACUAUUUGAUACUCUCAAUUCUGUGUCUAGUUGGUAGGCCUUAUAUGCAGUGCAUAAAGUUAAGCAUGUAAACAAGACCUUGCUGUAUCAGCGUCUAAUAUUCAGGUUUUAAAUUUGCUAUGUUAUACUUGAACUUGCUGAAGGUAGAUAAGUAGGGGCUUUACAUUAAGAGCUGCUGAGCACCUCCUUUUAGCCCAAAGCCAUUUAAGAAAGCAUCAGGUUACAAAUGCAUGUUGUACAACAAAGAGCUGCCAGAGUAGGAAGCACUUGGGUUUCUAAAAGGUGAGAGUUUUUUCUAGGCUAUUUGCCUGUAUAUUACAAAGUGGACUUAGAUAGCUUUGCUAUCAUUUCUUUUUCUUACAAGUGGAAACUGGAAACUGCUCUGUGAGUGUAUGUGUGUGUACACCUACACAACAUGGGUGUACCUGUAAGGAUCUUUGUAGCUUUCUUUUAUCAUUUAAUUCUUGUGUAUUUUUAUUUGGCAAGUGCACCAAUUGUUUAUAGCUCCCAAGGAGGCAUAGCAGUGCAUUUCUGUGUUAAGAUCCUCUGGCUUAAAGUACAAAUAAAUGAAAUUUUAAGCAAGCUCUGUAUUUUGUGUUGCUUUUUUCCUUAAAAUUGUGUGUGUGUACUGGGUCUUGUUGAGUUAGAUUAGUAGUAGCUAUGUUAACUUUCCUGUGUAGUGUUUUUUCCAUGCCCUUUUUGAAGAGCUAGUUACUUUAUAUACUGUACUAUAUAUAUAUAUAAUGUCACCAGAACUCUGAAGUCUGUUCUUAAAUUUGCUUUCAAUGAGACUGUGAUAUUCUUUGGUAUUUUUUGGCCUUUUUGUGUUAAAAGAUGUGCAGAGAUAUAGCCUCAGGGAAAUGUCGUCUUUUAACCUGUUGUUGCAUUUAAAGUGCAUGUCUUCUCACCUUGUUGUACUGCACCCUGCAGUGGUACUUGCCCUUGUGGCCUUUCUUGAAUCUCUUCUGUAGCACUUGAGGGAUUUGGUCAUUUAGCAUCAUUUGCCCCCCUGCUUUUUUGUUUUGGGACUCUGUAUUGUCAUUGCUGCAGUGUUCUUGGCUUUGCUACAACAGCUCUGUGUGAUAGAAGUUUGUGAGCUGUCACUUCAUCCAGGCCAGUAGUCUGCCUGGUGAUGAAACUGUUUUCUCAUUUGCACAAAAUUACUCAACUGUGUGGUAUGUUGGGCUCAGUUGCAUUCUCUUUGAAGUCAAGACUAAAACUCCCAUUGAAAUUCAUGAGAAAAGGUAAGGCCAGCUGUAAAUCAAUACAAUAUUUCUUCAUUUCAGGCAUGGGGAGUGUGUAAUUGUGUGGUGUUCCAUUAUGUGCUCUAUAAUCAGCCUUGUCUGUGCUAUUCUGAUCCAAGAUCUUUCACUAGCAAACAUGGCUUUAGUCAGUACUGAAAUAUGUGGGGCGAACAUGCCCAGAUUUUUCAAAGUACAGGGUAGGCAGAAGCAAGAUGGCUGCAAUAGCAAACAGGACAGGCAUUUGUCUGCCUUUAGUGAUUCAGAAGAUGGGACCUGAACCAUGAUUUCCCACAUCCUCAUUGCUGUACAGCUGGGUCAUUUGUGUCAGUAUGAGUCUCAUUGGUUGCAGCUGCCCUAUGUGGAACAAAUAAAUGCUGAGUUCCUCAAAGGGAGGCCUUGGAGUUCAGUUACCACAGCUGAGGAUCUGAGUGCUGGGAGAGUCUCUUCUGCCAUGCUCUCACUGCUGUAUGUGCUUUGACAACCAUGAGUGACUCUAGGAGACAUCCUUGUCACAUCCAUGUGCAGUGUGGAGCAUUAAUGCAGCUCAGAAAAGAUUUUAUAUGCCUCUUCAUAAGUAUGAUCGUAGUAGAGGUGACUUCUCUGCCUGCCUGUGACAUUUGUAGCUGAGAAUAAAGUACCACUAACUGAAGGGGGGGAAAAGAAGUAGGACUUUCCUAGUAGGAUAAAUCUUGGCGCUUUAUCAGCUUUAAAACAAACCAUUGAUCACUUAACUUCAAAUAAUUCCCUUCCAACUGCUUCAAGAUUUUCUUCUCCUGAGGAUCAGAUACCUGUACCCAUAAGGAAGCCAGCUCUCUGAGAAUGUUUUGCACCUCUGCAUCAGAUACAGUCCAAUAUUAUGCUGGGAAACAGACACUACGUACCCACCCAUGAAUGGGACAGCGCAGACGCAUUGGGAAUGUUCCAACAGCAGGUUCCUGUAUCUGCACUGGGACUCAUACAGACUGCAGCCUUCCAAAGAGCUAUAGUUGAUGUGAGAUAAGGAAUUGUUUGUGCUUCAAAAGAAAUGGCAGUGUUUGGAAAUUUUGCUUUUGUUCUGGAUCAGAAUGAAAAACUGUCAACACCUCCUUUGAAGUGAAAAUGAAAAUUGAGACAAAACAUCAACAUGAGAAUCAGCACUUAACAUUAACAAAACACUUUGGUUCAUUUUGUGAGGUAAAAUAUUUUGGCUUGACUUUUACAGCUCUAUAAAUAUACCAAAAUUACUUGUCUUAUUUGCUAAAAGUUACAGUAUAGUCCAGAAACGUUUAACUAUUUUAGAACUGAAAUACUUUGAUCGCACUGACAUGAUGCUUUUUCAAGACAGGAGUGUCACAGAUGGACCUGCUCCUGCAGAGAUGUAUUUCCAUAAAAGGGAUGCUGUUCCUGAAUCCUUCUGACGCAGGUUAAUUGACCUGCUGUGCUGGUUGGGAUUGUGCAGAGCAGGUGCCUUCUCAGUACACACCUCUCAAAGAUCUCCUUCCUGUUCUGCUCAGUGCCUCUGAAGGGCAGCUUGUUUUGAAUACCAGAUUCCUCACACCUUAGGCUCCAGGUGAAAAAACAAGUCUGCUGUUAAUUUGAAUGAUCUUCUGGUUUGUUGAGUGUUGUAGAAGAAGCUUUCUAUCUAUGUACUGGGAGGAAGGUAUGAGAAAGCUAGCUUGGAAUGGGUGCUGCACCUGGCACUGAGUUGCCAUGGGCUCUCAUAGCUCAAGAAAACGUAUGGGAACUUGAUGUGCGGUAUUUUUGGGGCUGGUGGCUAACUUAGCUAAAGCCUACAAUAUUUAUGAAGUAUAAUCAUUUUUGUAUUUCAGUGUUUGUACACUCUCAAAAUGAAAACCCAACCCCCACAAAUCCAUUUUCUUGUUUGUUUUCAGCUUUUUCUAGGUGUUAUGCACCAAGAUUGAACUGAUCUCACCUUCUGAUACUCCCCAGCCUUCCAGGUCUGUUAAAGGUCAUUUCCUCGGAGGAGGAGGGACAUUACUUGAAGUGGCAAUGAGGCUUGUUUUGGCUGGUGGGAUGGAGAGUAUGUGACCACCUCCAGAAGCUACUGCAAAGAGCAAGUUAUGCAGAGGAGGUGAGCUCAUGUGGUGCCUGGGGGAAACACAGCUGGGGCGUGAAAGCAAGUCAGAGAAACUGCAUUCUAGGAAAGGAGUUCAGACGUGUUUCUGGCUCUUUAGUUAUUUGCUUAAUGGUUACUGAAUGCUGCCCUGGGGUACAGGUGACGGUCCGUGGCACCGAACAGACAGUUCUCUCACUCAGCGCUCCAACGCAGCACUUUGGAAAGCACCUUGUUACGGCAUGUUGGAUAAAGAGAGUCCCCCACAUACGAGAUUUGCCGCAGUUUUCCCUCCUGUUUGCGCAGGGCCGGGCAGCGAGCAGCCGGCGCUGCGCGCCCGGCCUGAGGCGAGGCGCAGACCGCCCCGCCCCGGGCCGCCUCCCUCAGGGCCCGCGCGGCCCCGCCUCCCGCGCGCCCCCGCCCCCCGGCGGGAAGGAGGGCGGGCUGUCGGGGCCGCGCACGGGGACGGCCCGGGCGCCAUGUUGGAAGACUUUGAGAAGAGAGGGAAGAAGGAGGUGUGCCCGAUCUUAGACCAAUUCCUCUGCCAUGUUGCCAAGACGGGAGAGACCAUGGUUCAGUGGUCUCAAUUUAAAGGCUAUUUUAUUUUCAAACUGGAGAAAGUAAUGGAUGAUUUCAGAACCUCAGCUCCUGAGCCAAGAGGGCCUCCCAAUCCAAAUGUGGAGUAUAUUCCCUUCGAAGAGAUGAAAGAAAGAAUCCUGAAAAUUGUCACUGGAUUUAAUGGCAUCCCCUUCACUAUUCAGCGACUCUGUGAGUUGCUAACAGAUCCUAGGAGGAAUUACACAGGAACUGACAAAUUUCUAAGAGGUGUGGAAAAGAAUGUCAUGGUUGUCAGCUGUGUAUAUCCAUCUUCGGAGAAAAAUAAUUCCAGCAGUUUAAAUCGGAUGAAUGGUGUAAUGUUCCCAGGAAAUUCACCAGGUUACUCUGAGAGAUCAAACGUAAAUGGUCCUGGAACUCCCAGACCAGUAAAUCGACCGAAGGUUUCUUUGUCAACUCCAAUGACAACAAACGGUUUGCCGGACAGCACGGAACAUAAAGAAUCAAGUUUGCAGCAAACAGAAGAUAAGAAACACAGUGACUCACCAGCGUCUGACUCAGAAGGUGCUCAGAGCAGCCCAGUAAAAAAUAAGCACUCUGAAGAUGAUCCUGCAGAAGCGGAAGGACAUGAGGUAAAAAGACUUAAAUUCGACAAAGAAGGGGAAGCCAGGGAUGCACCAAACCAAUCUGCCUCCAGCGAAGUUUCUUUAGGCAUGGGGGAAGAAUCAGAAACAUCUUCUACAUCUCAGGAUAAAGAAAAAGAUUCUACUUGCGCAAGACAGCACUGUACAGAGGAAGACGAGGAAGAGUCCUUCAUGUCUCCCAGAAAUGCUGGUCCAGACAGAAAAGAUCAAGAAAAAGACACGGAAUCCUCAACUGUGAAUGAAGAGUCCUCUGAGGAGAAUCAAAUGGAGGAGUCUGAUCAGUCUCAAGCAGAGAAGGAUUUACAUUCAGACAACAGUGAAAGUAGUGGAUCUGUCAGUAGUGGAGCUGACUGCAGUGAAACUGAAGAGUUAGGGUCCUAUGGUAGUGAAACUCCAGAAACUUCAUCAGAAACCCCUAUGGAAAACAGUGAGGAAGCCACAGAAGUUGCAGAUGAACCUAUGGAGCAAGACUAAUUUAAAUACACUUAGAUGCAGUAUUUUCCAUAAGGCUCCGGUUUUACACUGUAUAAAUAAUUUUAUGUAAUAAAGUGGACCUUUAGUUUUACAAAAGAAGCAGGUUGUAAAAUAAACUUCUUGGAUUGAACCUUGAAAGAGUUGUACAUGAUAAGAACUGUGAAUACCAGCUCCUUCAGGUCCUGCUUACCGCUGAACUUUUGUUUGGUCAAAUCAGUGGUUUGUGUAUAGUUUUUUUUAUUUAGAAUAAAAGUUUUUAAACUGGAAGGUAAUUAUAAUUUUGACAACUUUUUUGGAGAUUACCACACCUAGUUGUAUGUAAGCAAGGAAGCUUUUUGUCUUGUCUUUUUCUGACAGCUAUAGCAGUUACUUCAUAUUUUGGUUACAGUUUCAACGUUUAACAUGUGAAUUAUGGGGUUUCAUGCUGGUGUCCAGAUUUUUAUUUGAAUACACACUAUGAAACCUUAUGUUGUGUGUUUAAAAUGUGUUGCAUUUCACUCAUAUAUGCACGCAUGCACACGUAUGUGUACCCUCACUGUUCUAAGGGGGAAAUGUUAUAUUUUUCUGUUUCUACAAAAGAUAAAUACAGCAAAUACUUUUUCUAUAGAAGACUAAGUUCACCUUUCAAGGCACUUUCUUUUGCCUCUGGGGGAAAAAAAAAAAGGCAAAUAAGAUCUGGCCCAUGUGAAACCCUGGAAAUAUUGUUGAAAACACCAGAGUAACCACAUUCCACGAGAACUGUUCAGAUUACAACACUUUUGUAUACUUCUGAGGUGCCUGAGUGAAAGGAUUUCAUUUAUUUAUGAGAAAAUGUGCUUUAUGUUGAGAACGUUGUAAUCAAAACAUUAGCUUAAACUUUUGUAGGAGAAGCGUGUGAAGAUACGCUAAGGAAGUAUCUUGGGAGAAAUGAACAGGUACUGGCCUUUCUGAGUGCUCCUUGGAGCAGUGUGAAUAUUACAGAGAAGUCUCUCAGUCAUUCUAAGGUAUGCAGACGGCAUCGGAACGCUCACGCCACCCUAUUGGAAGAGUUAAUAUAUGACAGUAGUUCCGUACCUGAGCUAAAUAACAGAGGUUUAGGUGUGCGUAGAAAUCACCAUGAUUUGUAUAACAUUUUGGAAGUGAACUGAAUAUUUUUGAACAUGCUACCUUGACAGCCAGUGUUACGUUUUGUUUUCAAACCAGCUCAAAGCACAACUACUGCUUUCCUCUCUAUUUUCCAGUUCCCAUAUUUAAAGACAUGCAAGCUGCAACCUCCCGGUCACAAUUACUGGCUGCCAAAUUUAUACCUGUUUUCUUCAACUGUACUUUUUUGAUAUUUAGGAUUUUUAAAUUUCUGUAAAGUAGAUUUUUGUAGAUUGUAAUGAGUGCUCACUGCCAUUGUGAAACGGUAUAUAAUUGUAUAAUUCCUGUGUGUAAACUGAAUGCUUGGGCUUUCAAUACAGUAUUCAUAUAAAGCAAUAAAUAUACAUGUUAUGAAAUAUCCGAGUACAUUUUUAUCAGCAUUGUCCCUUUCUGGCUUUAAGUUCGCCUACGUGCAGUACGAAGCCCAGCUGUGGGAUGCGCGCUGGCGGUGUGCUGUGCCGCACGGUGUGCGUUGUGUCCUUAGGCGGCCUCUGGGCUGUGAUCGUUGCUGCAGUCGUUUCCUGCUGGCGUUACCGCUUUGCGAGCAGGCGGAGGAUCCGUGGAGAUGCUUGCAGAGAGGAAAUCCCUCUUCAGAUUCCAUCGCAGAAGGCAGACUGUACUUUGACUCGUGUUCACUGUGCUGAAGGGCUGGACGUGUGUGGCGAAAUCAAAAGACUGAUCCGGAAUGUUGGAAUUAGUUAAAAGGAUGCAGUGACAUCUUUUCUCUCUUUAUUUCCUUCCCUCGGGGGUGUAUUUUGCCAAUGAGAACAAAAUUUUAAAGUUUCUAAGUUUAGAGGUCUCUGGAAUUUUCUUUUAGGGCGUUUCUUUGUGAUGGUAUUGUCAAUAAACUCCUUCUUUAAGCA